UAAGGGAGAGGUAAAGGGACAGAGCCGCACAGCUCUCAGCCAGUUGAGCGCUGAGCUCUGAUUCUCCCGCUUUUCAAUGCAGGUUCUCGGGGACAUCAUGAAUCUCUGGGACACCCCGGCCAGGGACCUGGACAGCUACAUCGAGACGCACCUCUUGCCCGACACCACUUUCCAGACAGAGGUGCACAGGGCCAUCCACACCAUCUCCAAUUUCCUAAAGGACAGAUGUUUCAGAGGCACCUGGAAGUCCGUUCGGGUCACCAAGAUUGUGAGGGGAGGUUCAUCCGGCAAAGGCACAGCCCUGAGAGAUUGCUCCAAGGUAGAUCUCGUAGUAUUUCUCAGCGAUCUCCGAAGCUACCAGGACCAGAUAGACCGCCGACGAGAGUUCAUUGAGGAAAUCAAGAAACAGUUGGAAGAAUAUGAGCUUGAGCAAGAGUGGAUGUUUGCAGUAAAAUUCAAGGUCAAUAAGCCGACCAAGUUUCCUCAAGUUCUCAGCUUCUCCAUGAAGUCGAACAAUAUAAGUCAGUGGAUGGACUUCCAUAUAUUUCCAGCCUUUGAUGUUCUAGGUCAAAUGAACAGAGAUUUAAAGAAACCUGACCCGCACAUCUACAUUGAUCUCAUAAAGGAAUCCCAGGCAGGGGAAGAAUUCUUCAUCUGCUUCACAGAACUACAAAAUAGCUUCUUCAACCAUCGUUGCAACAAACUCAAAAAUCUGGUCCGAUUGGUGAAACACUGGUACAAAAUGUGCAAGGAGAAAAUGGAUUCCCUCCCUCCUCAGUAUGCUCUGGAGCUUCUGACUAUCUAUGCCUGGGAACACGGGAGCCAGGAAAUUAAUUUCUCUAUAGCUCGUGGCUUCCAGACAGUCCUGUACCUGAUCCAGAAGUACCAAGAGCUCAUGAUCUACUGGACCAUCAACUAUGACACUCAAAAUGAGACCAUCGCCCGUUACCUCUGUUGUCAGCUCCAGAAACACAGGCCAGUGAUCCUGGACCCAGCUGACCCAACGAGUGAUGUAGGGGGUGGAAAGAAAUGGUCCUGGGACAAGCUGGCACAAGAAGCUGAACGAUGGUCAACUGCUUCCUGCUUGCAAAACUGGGAUGGCAGCUGGGUUCAGCCAUGGAACGUGCCGGUGGAGCAGACUCUGGAAGCCAGCCAAGUCUUGAACCUCAUGAGCAAUCCAUAGCAGAAUGAAUCCUACUUUAUGUGCAAUGCUUAGGACCCUGCAAUUAAUCCCCUGUUUAGAACAGACCAGUGUUAUUUUCUGCCUCUGAAAUGUGUUUUUGGAUUGGUGGAGAGAAUGCCAGUGAGGGUGCAACAUGGAUGUCAGGAGGCUUCUUUCUUCAUGAGAGACACAUGUAGUUCCAAACUUUGUUUGAGGAGAAACCCUUGGAGAAAGAGAAGACUUUGGAAGUGACAGGCAUGUAGGUGGGACUGGCUCCUCCACAUGUUCCCAGUUGUGAGCUAACCUUUGGGAAAUUUCCUUUUAGGUGAGGAUGGGGCCUCUCCGUUGGUUGAGUUUGAAAAUCUUUUGCCAGUGUGAGUUAUUAUUCAAUGUAUAUGUUUUCUGGUAUAUUUAAAUCUGUGUUACUUUUCUGAUUUCUGUUUGCCAUUUAUCAUAGAGAUGUAUUAGUCAUUUCAUAAUUAUGAUUAUCUUUUCACUAACAUUUGAUGAAAAGAUGCUAAGCUGGUAGAUAUAAACUUGGCACCCCCAUCCUUUUAAUGGAUAAGAUCCAGGGAAGUUAGCAGCUUUUGUACCUAAAUAUCUUGCCCCAGAAAAAUAAUAUUUAAAGGGAUUAUUUCAGAUAAUCCUAGUUCAGUACUCUCAGAGGAGAACAGAGUGGCCAUGGCCUCAUAACCCUUGUCUUAAAUUCUUCCAGGAGGGAAUCAGUUUCCCUUAUAGAGGAAUGGGCAAAUUUCCAGAGAUAAUCUAUCAUGUUCUUGAACCAGCUGACAAUAUACUCAGUCAUCCCAUAUGAAUAUAUACCUUAUGUGGGCAGCUUACAUCAGGGGUGCUUGUCUAUCAACUUUGGGUGAGAGCUACUUCUGUUUGUUUGAGCACAUUUGGUUUUAAGGAAGCCCAAUGAAACAGGAAGAGUAGAAGAUAAUCAGAUAGGAAGGAAAUUGCAUUUCAGUACUGGAUCCAAAUAACCACAAGGAUGGAAGGGAAGGGUGGAUAGAGAACAGUGGACAGAGCUGAGUGUGAAAUCAGGAAGACUCAUCUCCCUGAGUUCAAAUCUUUGGGUGAUCCUGGGCAAGUCACUUAAUUCUGUUUGCCUCAGUUUCCUCCUCUAUAAAAUGAGAAGAAAAUGGCAAACCAUUCUAGUAUAUUUGCCAAGAAAUCCCCCAAAGGGAUCACGUAGAAUUGGAAACAACUGAAAAACAUCUGAACAAGUACGAGUUCCACACUCAUUCUUAUCUUUCUUAAGUUAGUUUUCCCCCUCCCCUUCUCAAUCCUGAAUUGCCAGACUGGCCUAAGUUUGGUUUGAUUUGUUUCUCCUUUAGAUUGAACUUGUGUUUUCACUGAUGUGGGGAAAUUGGAGUUUUAGAGUUGUUUGGGACCAUUGAGAGAGCCACAUAAACCAUUAAAGCUGGCAUCUCAGUCAAGAUCUUUUUGAACUUCAAGGCAACAUCUUGAUACUAUACUGCCUCCCUAGUUCGCUUCCAGACCCUAAAAUAACAGGAGAUUUCUCAAGCUCACAUUCUGGUCUUUGCUUAUCCAUACAUACUCUCUUCAGAACUCUGGCUCCUAAGUUAGGAAUUUUGAGAUCACUUUGCACCAGUGCAUUGGGAAUCAUUCUCUCGGGAUGUAAAAAUGGGUACAGAGCCAAUUCCCUUUUCCCCCUGGUCUUCCACUUGGAAAAGGGACAAAGGAAAUAAUCAGUGACUGAAAGUCAUGUUCAUUUUCAUUUAUUUGGAAUAAAAUGGAGAAGAAGCCAAGAGUUUCUGACUGCUGAUCAUCUUUAGUUAAUGAGAUACAGCAAAUUAGUGAAAUGCAAAUUGUUAUUAUCAGAGAUAUUAGACUCUGCUUCUGAGCCAAAAUUUAUAUCUCACAUAUAUAGAACUGAUGUAGGUAGCAAGACACAGUGAAUGGCAUUCUACUUCUGAAGUGGGGAACACCUGGGUCCUAAUGCUGACUGAUAUUUAUGAACUGUAUGUUUCACUAGCUUACUCUCCAAUUCUUUUCACCCAUUCUCAAGUCUCUCAUGGUUUCCCCUUCCCCUGUUCUCUCACUUGAGAAACUUGCCUCAUAUAUGGCAUGAAUAUGUGGGGGUGUGGAUGUGCUUACAAACACUUUAGUUGUCUAUAAAUCAUGUGUGCCAAACCCUUAUCUGAGAAUUUUGAUACAAAUAUUUUCUCAUUCUUUUCUUAGCCUAGAUGCAUUAAUGUUAUUUUUGCAGAUAUUUUUCAGUUUCAAAUAAUCAAAAUUAUUUCAAAGUUAUUUUAUAAGUAUCUCUAUUCUUUAUGUGGUUAAGAAUUCAUUUCCUGCCCUGCCCACACAUGAAAAACUAAUAUUUAUCCAAUAAUUAAAUCUGAUUUUAUUUGGAUAAAGUUUUUUUUUUUAACUAAUUUUGUUUAAACAGUUCUUGGGUUUGUUUUCGUAGGUGAACUCCCAGAUGUUUUAUACUGUCUAGAGUUUAUUUAAAUGUGGUAUUUCUUAUUAUCUCUUUUUGCAGGGUUUUGUUUGUGAUCUAUAUAAUAAUGAUGAUUGUACACUGCUUACAUCCUUUGACCCAGCAAUACUACUACUACAUCUGUAUGCCAAAAUGACUGAAGGGGGUGAAAAGGAAAAGAAUUCAUAUGUUGUAAAAUAUAUCCAAGAUCUCUUUGUGGUGACACAGAAUUGUAAACUGGCUUUUAUUUAAUAGUUCUUUUUUUUGGAAGCAUAGCCUACUUCUACAUAUGUGCUUUGUGAAAGAACCACUUUGAGUGAAUGUCAUUUUGACUUUUAUAAAUACUCAUAUUAAUCACAAAACUAAAUGGGAGAAAAAUAGGGGAAAGAACUUUAUGCAAUAAUUUUAUUGUAUAUUUAAAAGAAAUUGUAAGUUGUAUAUAAGAGAUUUUCAGUUUCAUAUGUAAUUACCUUUUUAUUGUAUUAUAUUAUGGAAAACCUUGUUUUAUUUCUUAAGUUCAGAAUAAAAUAAAUAAAAAUUUAAAAAUAAAUAAAAGAA